GCCACGGAGACCCGGGCCGGCCGCGUGCACCCUGACUCUCGCAUGCUCCAGCUCUAGGAGCCCAAGCUCUAAAACGAAGACGCGGUCAUCACAGAACAGCGGAGGCGGCCAGCCGCUCUGCGGUCCCCUUCGCCAUUCGCGGGAGAGAGGAGGGAGUUUGAAGCCCCUGUGCGCACCUCGCCCCCAACAGCCCGUCGCUCGCGCAGCUUCUACGGAGAGGUUGAGGUGGCGGGGCCAGCGCCUAUUGGUCCGCUGCAGCCCUCCGCCCGCCCUCAUCCCGGGCUCAUUGGCCGGAGUGGCAGCGCCCGGGUCGGCGGUGGCGGCGCCCCUCCCUCGCGCCGGCCCUCAAGAGGACGGCGAGGAAGCGGCCGCCUCCCUGCGCCCCGCCCCUCGGGCUUGCUGGCUGGCUCCGGGCUGCUGCCGACAUCUCCCGGCUCGUACCGGCUAGUCCCGGUGUUCUCUCGGCUCCCUCCGGCUCCAGCUUCGGCUCGGCUGCGGCAGGGUCAGCUUGUCAAAACUGUGACUGAGGCCAGGUACACAGUGCGGGGAAGAGGUGCAGAUGCAAGUGGCAGUUGCAGCAGUGCAGAAUGGCUGACCUGAGUCUUGCAGAUGCAUUAACAGAGCCACCUCCAGAAAUCGAAGGAGAGAUAAAGCGGGACUUUAUUGCUACACUGGAGGCAGAGGCCUUUGAUGAUGUUGUGGGAGAAACUGUUGGAAAAACAGACUAUAUUCCUCUCCUGGAUGGUGAUGAGAAAACUGGGAACUCGGAGUCAAAGAAGAAACCAUGCUCAGAUGUUAGCCAGGAUGAAGAUACUCCUAAACCAACAGUACUAGCCAAUGGUGAUCAUGGAAUAGAAGGAAAUGAUACUACAGGGUCUCCAGCAGAUUUUUUUGAAGAGAAUAUGGCCUACCAGGAAUAUCAAAAUAGCCAAAACUGGCCAGAAGAUACAAACUUCUGUUUUCAGCCUGAACAAGUGGUCAAUCCCAUCCAACCUGAUCCCUUUAAGAUGCACCAUGAUGAUGGCCUGGCAGAUUUGUUCUUUCUCUCCAGCGGAACAGCCAAUGCUUCAGCAUUUAUAGGACAAAAUGAUCCACUGAAGGAUAAUUAUGGUAUGUCUCCCUGUGACACAUUUGCUCCUGCAACUGCUGUACCUCAGGGGUGGUCUGUGGAAGCCCCAAAUUCUCCACACUCAGAAUCCUUUGUUUCCCGAGAGGCCAUUACGGAACCUCUGCAGCCAACGCCAGAGCUAGCCGAAGAGGUAGAAAUGGCAUUAGAAGAAGAGAGGCCACCAACAAAAGCAUUGGAAAUGAUGGGAAGGAAGACUACUCACAUGGCACCAUCUAGUGAAACAGAGAUGGUCCUGGCCAAGGACAUGGCAACAGCCACAGAAACAGAGGUGGCAUUGGCUAAAGAUGUGGGAUCACCCACCAAAUCAGAUGUGACAGUGGCCAAGGACAUGCUGCCAUCCACCGAAUCAGAUACAGACCUAGUCAAGGACAUGGGACUAUGCAUAGAAACAGAGGUGACCCCAGUUAAGGAUGCCGUAUGGCCCAUAGACACAGAUGUGUCUUCGACCAAGGAUGUUAUACUGCCCACAGAAACAGAGGUAGCCCCAGCCAAGGAUGUGACACUGUUCAAAGAAACAGAGAGGGAAGCACCUAUAGAAAUGGGUUUGGCCACACCUGAGGAUGUGGCACCACCCAAAGAAAGAGAACUAGCCCCAGCCAAGGGUGUGGUAUCACUCUCAGAAAUAGAUGUGGCGGUGGCUAAAGACAUUGUAUCAUCCACAGAAAUACCCUCAGCUGAGGAGGUGGCCUUGUCCUCAGAAACAGAGUUGGCACCGGCCAGAGACAUGGCACUUGCCCCAGAAACCAAAGUGGUCUUGACCAAGGAUACAGCACUGCCCCUAGAAGCAGAGGUGGCUCUGGGCAAGGAUGUGGCUCUGUCUCCAGAAAAAGAGGUGGCCUCAUUCAAGGACAUGGCCCAACCCCAAGAAAUAGAAAUAGCUUUGGGCAAGGAUGUGACACCAUCCCCAAAAACAGAGGUGGCCCAAGUCAAAGAUUUGACUCUACCACCAGAAACAGAAGUAGCCUCCAUCAAGGACAUGUGUCUGCCUCCAGAAGAAACAGUGGUGUCCCUUACUAAGGACCUGACUCCACCCCAAGAAACAGAGGUAGCCCUCGCUAAGGAUGUGGCUCUGCCCCCUGGAACAGAGGUGACCCUGGCCAACAAUGUGACUCCAGCCAAGGAUGUUGCAUCACUCUCAGAAACAGAAGUGGCACAUGUUCAAAUUAAAGACACGGAAAUUGCAGAGACACAAGGAGGAAUAACUGAGGAUUCCCAUUUAGAAUCUCUCCAGGAUGAGGACCAGUCAGCUGCACCUGCCUUCAUGAUUUCACCAGAACCAGUCACAGCCAUGGGCCAAAAGCACAACUUGCCAACAGAGGAGGAGUUUGUGUUGGAAAAACUAGAGCAAAAGAAACCAUUCAACAGUCAACCUUCUGAACUUUCUUCAGAGACCUCAGCCAACUUCAUGUAUUGCGGUACCCCUUCCACACAAGCCAAACAAGUUUGCAGACCCCGUGACCACAGGUCAGCUCAGCCUAAGCCUGCCAGGGUCCCUCCUGAGCUGCUGGGAGGCUCUCCUCCACAGAAGACUCUUGAUCCCAGGCUGGGCUGCUGCUCUUCAUCUGAGUUGGGUUGGGUCUCUGGUUCAUCUUCCUGUGGUGAGCCUAGGAAUCAAAGGAAAACUAUUCAUGUUGACUCACUUGAACCCCAGAGGGAUCUUGGCAGGGAGGCCUGGGAUAUACAAAGCAUACCAAUGAUGAUGAAGAAAAAGAAGAAGAAACCAAAACAAAAGAGAUAUUUUCAACCCCGUGCUGGGGGACCUUGGGAUGAUGAUAAUGCAGAUGAGCCUAAAGUUCAUCCCUUUGCAGCUGACACACAAAAGUUAGGUGUUCUCCCCAGCCAGUCUGCCACUGCAGGCACAGAAUAUGGACUUGUACCCAGAGAAAACUUGAAAAGGGAGCGUGUAGUUCACUCCAAAGCAGGCAAACUGGUAGAUGAGAACUUUGUCUCGGAGGGUCUCAGAGUUCCUUUGUGUCCUUCAGAAGAACCUCCAAAAACUGUGAUAAAUUCUCAGCCCAACCUGAGAGUAGAAGAAGAGGGCAAAGGUAACAAGUCAAUACCACAGAGCCAAGACAAGAAAUUGCUGAAGCAAGAUGAGUACAAACCACAGCCUGAACCCCUCCUAAAGGCUCCUGUGGAUAAAAGCCAGCCAAUAGGCUCUCUCAAUCUGAAAGGAUCCCUGGCAGAAAUUUCUGCACACAAAGUAGAAACUCCUUUGGCUAUCAUACCCAAAGAGGAUUGCUCUCCUGUCUUGGGACAAGAGGUUGUAGGUAUAGUUUUAAAACCCACUAUAGCAGAAGAUCAGCUUAAUUUGAUACCUACUUUGACAGCCUAUAAUCCAUUAGAAAGUAGCCUAAAAGAAGAGAAUGAUGAAAGUAGAACAACUAAACUGCAGAAUGUCAAACAGAAAGAGUUUCAUGAAGGAGCUGAAGAGGAUAAAGAACUAAAAAAGGAAGCUUUUCCCAAGCAAAGUCAAGAGAUUGGCAUCAUUGCUUCUGAGCAGCUGCAGAGCCAGGUGUUAGUGCAGGUCCCUGGGCUAGAGAAUGAACCACAUAAGAGAAUGGCAGGUGAUGGCAAAAGCAGGAAGGGAAGGGGAAGUUCUGGGAAAGUGAGAGCAAAUUCUGGGAAGGCAAAAGCAAGAUCUGAGCUGCCGUUCCUUCUGGAUAGCCAGAAGGACGGAAGGGCCAUUCUUGUACCAGGUGAGCCAAUCCCUAAAACUGAAGGAACGACUAAUCAGAAUAAGAGUGAGGAGCUGGGGCUGGCUUCCUCAAAGCAACCAGGAACCAUGGCUGAUCUCCCUGUAGCGAUGGGAGAGCCUAAGGAGACGACUCACACUACAGGGUCAAACACCUUCCAGCCAUUAAUUCCUUUGGAAAAUGGUUCAGGCAUGACUCAGACUUCUGAUGUUAGGACAGAAAGAGAAGCUUUAGUCAAAGAUAUGGGUGUCAAUAACCAGAACAAGGAAGAAAAAUGUCCUUGGAUGGAUCAUGAGGCAGCUCCCUGGAUUUCUGAAAAGCCUAAAAAGAGAGGCAAUGAAGGCAAAACCAAAAAAUUUAAAAGUAAUUAUUUCACACAGCCUGCUAGAGUGGAGAGGAAGGAAGAAAUUCUUAAACCACCUUCUGUAGGGAAGGAUGGAGAUGCUGGUAGUAUUCCCCACAAAAACAAGGAAUUAGGCCUCAUUUUCCCCAAAAUGCAUGAUCCUUUGUUCUCACAUACAUCAGAUUCACCUGCAGUGGAAGUAGUUGACAGAAAAGGUGGAGAUGUUGAGGCUAAUUCUUUUGAGUUUGAAAUUCUUGGGGGGAGCAAAACAAAUACAGUCAAGGCUUCUGCUAUUAUUGAAACAGCUGCCAAGGUGACAGAUGUGAGCUGCCAAGACCAAAUCCAGGGGACAGGAUUUGUUCCUUCAGUACUGUCUAAGGAGAAUAAGACAGAUGCAGCCAAGGGACAUAUUGCAGUGGCUGACAAACCAAAUAAAAGGAGUAAUGAUGGAAAAAGUAAAAAGGUUAAAAAUAGUUCCCCGGAGAAGCACAUUCUGGAGAAUAAGAUAGAUGCAACAAAAAUACAUGUUCCCAUGGAAACCACAGGGGACCACAGAGUUGGAGGAAUGGGCUAUGUGGACGAAAAUAGAAAUAUUACAUUUACCUGUCCUAGAAUACCAUCAGAGCUGAUAAAUAAGUCAGCUCCUCUAAAGGCUCUGGAAUCACCAGCCUGUGAAAAAGCACCCACUCCUGCUCCUCAAGUAGUAAAGGAAAAUGAUUCCUUUCUAGACACCUUGGCAAAAAGUGGGCAAGAGAUAGCCCCAGACCAUAUUCCCAAAUUAUUAGGGGUAGAUAACAGCAAGAAAGAUGGAGGCCCAGGCCAAGAAAGACCCAAGGCUCCUUCUGCUGUUGUGCCUUCUACAAACAUAGGAGGAGUUGUCCUGCCUUUUACAGCAGCCAUAGAAACAGUUAACAGUCAGGGAGAUCAUUGUCUUAAGAAUAAAGGUGAACUUGCUGAUUCCCUGAAAAAUGAAGCAGGGAUCAAUGAAGGGCAUGUGGUAGGAGAAUCUGAGUCAGUGCAUAAUGGUGCAUCCAAGCAUUCAAUAGAGAAAGUCACAGAGCUAGCAAAAGGGCACCUUCUUCCUGGAGUGUCAGUAGAGGACCAGAGCCUACCAGGAGAGGUCAAAGUACCAGAAGCAGAUAGGGGUAGUGUCCCAGCAUAUCCAGUGAACAAAGAGAAAGACACUGAGGAGGGUUCUGCUCCUAUUCAAGUUCCUGACUUACUGACAGACAAAACACAAAAGCUCAGUUUCUGUGAAAACCAAAAUGCUGAAGAUAAAAAUACCAAGAACCCAGAUAGUUUGAAUAAAGAGGUAGAUAUGACUCUUUUGCCUCUAAAAAAUGAAAAGGAUAAACUGAAAGAAAUUAAUCUGGCUUGUAAAAUCACAGGAUUGGACUGUGUUUCCUUGUCAACUUCAGAACUUCAGUCAGAUUUAUCAGACAGCAGAGUUGAAGCUUCUCCUUCAGGGAUGGUGGAUAAGUUAGUCAUGACUGCUUCCAAGGGUCUUCAGCUUCCAGGACUCAAAGAUAAGAUUUUGGAGGCACCUCAGAAAAUGACAGAAAAAUCAGAAUCAAAGGCACUGAGAGAAGGGAAGAAAGAAGAUAAAAGUAGAAUGGUAGAACCGAUGAAAGGAUACAUGAGACCUACCAAGUCCCGAGGACUUACUCCACUUUUGCCAAAGUCUACAAUCCAGGACCGAGAGAGAUCUAAGCAACUGAAGUCCAGUGGAAUAGCCAGGGCUGAAGAAGGACGGCCUGCUGUGAGUGUGACCGGAAAUGACAUCACCACCCCACCAAACAAGGAGCUCCCACCAAGCCCAGAGAAGAAAACAAAGCCUUUGGCCACUUCUCAGCCUGCAAAGACUUCAACAUCGAAAGCCAAAACACAGCCCACUUCUCUCCCUAAGCAGCCAGCUCCCACCACCCUUGGUGGGUCGAAUAAAAAACCCAUGAGCCUUGCAUCAGGCUCAGUACCAGCUGCCCCACCCAAACGCCCUGCUGCUACCACUGCCCGGCCUUCCACCUUACCUUCACGAGAUGUAAAACCAAAGCCUGUCACAGAAGCAAAGGUUCCUGAGAAGCGGGCCUCACCAUCCAAGCCGGCUUCUGCCCCAGCCGUCAGACCUGGUUCCAAGAGCACCCAGACUGUUCCGAAAGCCACAACAGCUGCUGCUCUUCCCUCAGCUGGGCCAAGCAGUAAGAGCCCCCCUACAUCCCUGCCCAAGAGGCCCACUGCCAUUAAGACUGAGGGAAAACCUGUGGAAGUUAAGAAGAUGACUGCAAAGUCUGCACCAGCUGACUUGAGUCGCUCAAAGAGCACCUCCAGCAGUUCCGUGAAGAAAAACACCACUGUCAGUGGGACAGCUCCCCCAACAGGGGUGGCUCCUGCUCGUGUCAAGCCUACACCCAUGCCUUCCCGGCCCUCCGUGACUGCUUCCAUGGACAAGAAGCCCACCUCAGCCAAGCCCAGCUCCACUGCCCCCAGGCUGAGCCGCCUAGCCACCAAUGCUUCUGCUCCUGAUCUGAAGAAUGUCCGCUCCAAGGUUGGCUCCACAGAAAACAUAAAGCAUCAGCCUGGAGGAGGCCGGGCCAAAAUAGAGAAAACAGAGGCAGCUGCUCCAACUCGAAAGCCUGAAUCUAAUGCAGUCACUAAAACAGCCGGCCCAAUUGCAAGUGCACAGAAACCAACUGCUGGGAAAGUCCAGAUAGUCUCCAAAAAAGUGAGCUACAGCCAUAUUCAGUCCAAGUGUGGUUCCAAGGACAAUAUUAAGCAUGUCCCUGGAGGUGGUAAUGUUCAGAUUCAGAACAAGAAAGUGGACAUCUCUAAGGUCUCCUCCAAAUGUGGGUCCAAGGCUAACAUCAAGCACAAGCCUGGUGGAGGAGAUGUCAAGAUUGAAAGUCAGAAAUUGAACUUCAAGGAGAAGGCCCAGGCGAAGGUGGGAUCCCUCGAUAAUGUGGGCCACCUACCUGCAGGAGGUGCCGUGAAGACUGAGGGCGGUGGCAGCGAGGCCCCUCCGUGUCCGGGCCCCCCCGCUGGGGAGGAGCUGGCCAUCUCUGAGGCAGCGCCUGAAGCUGGCGCCCCUACUUCAGCCACUGGCCUCAGUGGCCACACCACCCUGUCAGUGGGUGGUGACCAAAGGGAGGCCCAGACCUUGGACAGCCAGAUCCAGGAGACAAGCAUCUAAUGAUGACAUUCUGGUCUCGUCUUCCGUCUCCCCUGUGUUCCCCCUCUUGUCUCCCCUGUUACCCUCUCCCUUCCUCCCUCCCUCCCGUGUCACUGCAGAUUGAGACCUACAGGCUGACGUUCCGGGCAAAUGCCAGGGCCCGCACCGACCAUGGGGCUGACAUUGUCUCCCGCCCCCCCCACUUCCCUGGCGGCCCCAGCUCAGGCUCCCGGGCCCUGGGCUCCCUCUCCCGGGCUGUCUACUAGACCUGUGAGCGCUCAGGCUCUGGGCAGCCCACUGGGCCUCCUUCCCUCCUGCCUCGCUUGCCCAGGGCAGCCACAGCCCCGCCCCACACCACCUUUCAGUCCCCGCCCCAGGCCCAGCUCCCUGCUUGCUCUUGUCCCUUCACUGCACCACAGCUGGAGGAGCUAGGGGACUGGGUGGGUGGGGCUAAGGUGGGGUCUAGGAGUAGGGAACAGGAUUCCAACCUCCUUUGUUUGGUUUUUCUGGACCAAACCCAAAAGAAACUGGCAUGCCUUCCCUCCUCCCUGAAUCUACCUGGAGGGAAGAAUGGAGGCGGAUUCCAAGUGAUGACUGGAUGCUGACCCUGUCCCCUAGAGCCUGCUAAGCCACCGCCUCUCCGUUUGACCCCACAAUGGCACCCAGGUGGUUUCGGGCCCCUCUUGCUGCCCUGCCCCAAGUUAGUCAGGGGUCAGUGCUGUCUGGCCCCACUGCUUACCGUACCUGCCUAGCUGCUAUUAUAUUUUUCUUUUUCUCAUUUUAUCCUUUUAUUUUCUAAUAACCUAUAAACUGGUGGAAUAGUUUUGCAGGUUGAAGCCAUGUCUAAAUGAAAGUCCUCAGUAGGUGUUAAGGGAAACAGGGAGGGGAGAUCCUUAAGCCUCCACCCAGGAGGGCGUCAGGCUUCGGGAGCUGCCCUUUGGGCAGCUUGGGCCCUGCAGAUGGUGUCGGCAGGGAAGUGAGGUGCGGCGGCUGUGGCUGGUGAGCGGGUCACACUAUGGGCUGGUCAGACUGUGGACCGGUGGUUUUGGCAUUUUGUGUGUAUGCUGCUUUUCAUUUCUAACCAAGAGGCUGGUUUGGGCAUCUCUGUCUGUCUCAUUCCCUGGGAUCUGGUGGUCAGCCUUGAGAUACAAGGCCCGAGGCCUGAGAAACAGGAAAGGGCCAUGGAAGUCUGAAAUCCUCUAGCCUGUACCUGCAGCCCAGGAUACUCAAGCCCUUGUGUCCAGGGGAGCCCGAGAUGUCCAGAACUCAUGUGGAUAGUGGGGAAUCAAGUCUGGAAAUUUAAAAAUAAAAGAUAUGAGACUGAGGCCACCCCGAUUCCCAUAUAGCCUGACUGGAGAGGGGAGGGAGGAGAGGUGAGGCCAGCCUAUGGAUGGGGUCCCAGCUUGGCCCGGUCUUGGGAAGGCUGCAAUGAUGACAAACCCUGGGAAUUGUAUUGACACAAAGAUUCUUAUUGCACUUGUAUUUUUUGUAUUAAAGUUUGCAUGGUUUCUAAUAAAGGAUUAAAACAUAAGUUUGUAGUGAAAUGGCCUGGGAGUUUCCAAGGACUUCUCCUCUGGAGAGGCAUUUGCUGCAGUGCAGAUUUGCCUCUGAGGAGGCUGCCUCAGACUCGGCCCCUCAGGCCCUCCUCCCACUUCUGCCCCUCUGCUCCUGGCAUGCCUUGGAGCUGAAGGUAAGGGUCUUGAUCCCCAAGUGCAGGGAGGGCAGCCCUGGGCCUGACGGAUCCCCUCUGAGGUAGAGUUAACCUGGGGAGGUCUGAUGCCGUAUUCCCAGCUCCCCCAGCGCAUACCAAGAAAUUGCAGGGGCCUCGUGGGAAAAGUGCUGCCUGAAAGACUGUCUGCAGAAUGCUUCAACCAUGCCAGGGACAUCAGGGCACCAGGGUUUUGUCUGCAGGAGUAAGAGGCAAGAUGAAAACUGGGGUGAUGGCCCUGCUUUGUGUUGAUCCUGGGUCAUGAGGAUGCCGAGAUGGACAGCAGGCUCCGAGUCCUUUCACUCCUUUGGCCAAGGGGGGGAGGGGAAGGUAACCCAAGUGGGAAGCUCUCUAGGUGGGCAGCAGGCAUGGUCAGUGUUCUUAGAGGUUGUCUGGUCACAGCUCCCUUGAAGGAUCCCACAAAAGGCUGCCUGACAGGUGGGGACCAAAGGCCCCUAUGUGAUGUACUACUCUGCAGCCACUUGGGUGUGGGACAUUUCUGUAUUUGCCAACUUGCUUAUGGGACGGCCAUUACCAGUUGUGACUCUUGUAACACUUUAAUUUUAAGAGUAAAUAAAGCUGCCUGAUGUCCCAUCACACAGGCCCCCGC